AGUGAGUGAUAAGAAAAUACUAAAGGAGGGAAGGGAGAGAGAGAGAAAAAUCAUACCCAAAGAGUUAAAGAUGAGAUGCAGAGACAAUGUAUGAGAUGCAUACAACAGAGUGCAGAGGAGAGGUAGCAAACGGAUAGAGACAUACUUGGAAGAGAGUGAAAUUCAGCCAGCAAGGAGGAGAAGACCGAAGAAGAGGAAUAGAGCAGCAAGAGAAGAGGGGAUUCUGCAGCAAGACUUAAGCAGGAUUAUAUUACGCUGCACUACACUGUGCAGAACACACAUACAAACACGCACACACUUGUACAGAGGUGUGCGAUGUAGACAGCAUUUGUCAGUGUGUUAUUUCUGAGCAGAGGAGAAAGAGAGAGCGUGUGUGUGUUUACUCCGUGGCAAACUGUGUGUGCAAGAGUUGCAAAGUGUGUUCGACAGUCAUGAUGAGGAUGCUGUCCCUCUUCUGCUUUCUUUCAUUGGCGGCACAUUUAACAGAAGCAUGGAGACCAUCACAGCCACGACUGCAGUUUAAAAACUCAGAGCUGGUGCGUAGUGGCAGGCUCCUGUCUCUCUCUUUGCCUGCUGGUGAUCUGAACUCUCUGCUGCCAGAUGAAGAUGGUAAUCGUCUUUACAUUGGUAUGAAGAACUAUCUGCUCUCCACCAGUCUGGAUGACAUUACUCAAACACCCCACAAGAUACAUUGGCCUGCAAAUCCAGAUCACAUCCAGGACUGUUUAAUGGCUGGGAAAGACCUGCAGAUGGAUUGUGCUAACUUCUUGCGGGUGUUGGAGUGGUUUAACCAAACACACCUGUAUGCAUGUGGGACUGGAGCAUUUAACCCUCGCUGUGCCUUCAUCCCCACCAGCCUCUUUCAUAAGGCUGAAAACCAACCCCUGAGGUAUGAAGACACUGAAUCAGGGAAGGGAAAAUGUCCUUAUAACCCUCACCAGAGAACAGCUACUUCCAUCGUAGAUGGGGAGCUAUAUGCUGGGAUCUCAUCUGAUUUUCUAAGUCACGAUACAGCAUUCUUUCGUAGUCUGGGAGAGCGACAUGUAAUUCGCACUGAACAGUAUGUCUCUACUUGGCUGCAAGGCGCUGAUUUUGUGCAUGUUGCAGCAAUGUCAGAGAGUGAUAAUGAGGAGGACGAUAAGGUGUACGUGUUCUUCACUGAGCGUGCUCAGGAGGCAGAAGGGGUGGCUGGGAAGGUCCUCUAUUCUAGAGUCGCCCGCGUCUGUAAGAAUGAUAUUGGUGGACAGCGUAGUUUGGUAAAUAAAUGGAGCACUUUUCAGAAAGCUCGUAUUGUUUGCUCUGUACCAGGACCUGACGGAAUUCAGACACACUUCGAUAAAUUGCAGGAUGUUUUCAUUCAGCAUGUAAAGGACAAAAAGAACCCCCUCAUCUAUGGUCUCUUUACCACUACCAGCAAUGUCCUGAAUGGAUCUGCUGUGUGUGUGUACCGGAUGCAGGACAUUAUUCAUGCUUUUAAAGGAAACUUUCUUCACAGUGAGGGACAACAGUACAAAUGGACAGAGUAUACAGGCAGAGUGCCCUAUCCAAGGCCUGGCACAUGUCCCAGCAGCACUUACGGAGGUUUCCAAUCCACAAGAGAAUAUCCUGAUGAUGUCAUCUUCUUUAGCCGCACACAUCCUUUAAUGCAGCAGGUGGUACAUCCUCUUGGGCGCCAACCAUUGCUCAUCAGAGUGGGAGUGCCUUAUAUGCUGACCCGCCUCCUUGUGGACAGAGUGGAGGCGGUAGAUGGACAAUAUGAUGUGUUGUUCAUUGGCACAGACUCUGGCCUGGUGCUGAAAGUAAUUCACCUCCCUAAAGCCAACGGACAGAAUCAGGAGGUCACUCUCGAACAGCUUCAGGUGUUUAAGCACAAGUCACCGAUCACUGCUAUGACGCUGUCCAAGAAAAAGCAGUGGUUAUUUGCUGGAUCUGCAGAAGGUGUGGUUCAGUUGGGUCUGUUCCACUGUGAUCUGUAUGGCCAGGCCUGCGCUGAGUGCUGUCUCGCUAGAGACCCAUACUGCACUUGGGACGGGCACUCUUGCAGCCCAUAUUUGCCAACUGCACGCAGGAGAAACAUUCGUCAGGUUAAUGAUGACGGCAACCCACUGAAGCAGUGUGUCAGACAGGGAGCUGGUCUUCAAGUGGAGGCAGUGGAGAAGAUACUGGUUGUUGCGGUGGGUAACAGCACCUAUCUGGAGUGUCUACCCAAAUCUCACCAUGCUACCGUCACCUGGUAUAAAGACAUAGGAGAAAACAGCCUGGAACAACAAAAGGUCAUAUCUGGAGACCAGCUGGUUAUAAUCGACAGGGGCAUCCUAAUUCCCAGGGCGCAGCUCAAUCAUGAAGGCGUUUAUCACUGUCAACUAGAAGAGCAUGGAUUCCGCUGGACAGCUGUUACUAUUCACUUAAUUGUGUGGAGCCCCGCCCUGCACCCCACCCAUGGCUCCACUCAGCCAUGGUAUCAGGAUGUGAUGGCACUGAUUAACCACAGCAAACUGGAGCGACACUGCAAAGAACUCAGCCAACAUCAGAACAACAAGGAAUCAGGGAACCACAAGCAUAACAAACAAGACCGAAAGAGAGGAGACCGAAGCAAACACAGAGGAGGAGGAGGAGGAGAGAGGGGGGGAGAGAAGGAAAAAGGGAGGGGGCGAAAGAACCGAAGCAGAAUGCAGAGCUCUUCGCAGAGGGUGCCGAGGAGUGCAUAGACACAGGGGUUUACAUCAGCAGGUUCACCAUAUAAACACAACAAAAACAUGCAUUAUACAAUAUAUACACGGAAUGUUGAUUCACAUUUUCAGUACUUGAUAUCCUGUUAGCACAUUAUCUUGAUCAUGAAGGACUAUUGCUCACUAAGUCUCCAAUGGGAAGGAUUAUCUGGAAGGGGUGGGGUCAAGAGAGGAAUAACUAAUUAAUUCAUUAUUUGAGGACUGUGGUACGCAGAUCUGACAAAUCUUCCAAAGCUAGGGAGCAUGUUGAAAAGUUCUUUGUUUUAAAAAGACUGCAGUGUUGAUGGCACUUUUUUCUGUAUUGCGCAGCAUCUGCACUAAAUACUGUAUGUAUUGCCAUUGUGUUCUUAUUUAUCUGUCAUGGUAUUUAUUUUUUUUGUGAUAUAUUUUCUUGCAUUUUAUAUGUGUAAAAAUGUAUAAGGUAUUCUUUUGUUUAAAUUUUUUUAAUUUUUUUUUAUAAGGUGUAAAUCUCUCUCUCUGCCUUCAUUAAUGAAGCUUGCCUUUUCAUUCAUUCAUUCAGCAGAAAGAACACUGGGUUUAGAGAGAUUUAAAUUCAUCAAACACAAAAUUAUAUAUAGUGGCCCCAAAAAGCAUUUGGAUGCUUAAAUGGAUUGUUCACUUAAAAAUUAUUAUUAAAAUUAUCUCAUCAUUUAUUCACCCUUAUGCCACCCCAGAUGUGUGACUUGCUUUCCUCUGCAGAACACAAAUGUAGUUUCAAAAGAAUGUCUCAGAUCUGUAGGUCCUCACAAUGCAUGUGAAUGGUGACCAGAACUUUGAAGUGCCAGAAAGAACAUAAAGGUAGCAUAAAAGUAAUCGAUAAGACUCCAGUGGUUUAAUCUAUAUCGUUAGAAGUUAUAUAAUAAGUGUGGGUGAGAAACAUAUCAAUUUAAAGUCCUUUUUUAAUCUAAAUCUCUACUCUCACUUUCAAAAAGUGAAAGUGGAGAUUAUUUAAAAAAAGGACAUAAAUAUUAAUCUGUUUAUUAAUUUGUGUUAUACAGAAGAGUCACACACAUCUGACAUGGCAUGAGGGUGAGUAAAUUAUGAGAUAAUUUUCCUUUUUGGGUGAACUAUCCUUUUAAGUCACACUUCAAAUGCUGUAACAAAAGAUCAAACCAGGUUGGGUUUGCAAACAAAUCUCACAACCAACUUCACAUUUCUAUGCUCUUAUUCCAAUUUAUUUAUGAAUAUACUGUAUGAAGUCAUACAGGUGUAGUUGUAUUACCGUGUGACAACUUUAAAGUGUCCAAAUACAUUUUGUCUUAAUUUUGAGCAAUAUGUCUAUUGUUUUAUAAUUUCAAACCUAAAAAAUUUUGUCUGAAAGGUGUGCUAUUUUAUUUAUUUUUUUCUUCUUUUUAAAUAAAUGCCACUUGGUUUGAUAUUUUGUUAUAAAAUACAAAUACAUUCAUACAUUUUCAAGUGCCUAAAGUGUCCAAAUACUUUUGAGGGCCAUGGUUUGGUUCAAUCUUUAUUCUGUUCCUAAUAGAGCAGCUCAUAAAAAGGUAAAAUCACAGUUCUAUGAUCCUGUAUGAUUACAAAUAGGUGUUUCUCUGUGGAAGGAUGGAGGCACAAAGGGUGUGUUUAACUGGACCAAAAUGCAAGGGCAUGCACGCUACAUUCUCCUGCACAUGAACACAUGCCUGCCAAGAGGUUUGGCACCCACCUUAAAGUUCCUCCAUUGAAAAAGGAUGGAAAAAAGAAAGGUUAUGAGUUUUAAAGUGCAGUACAAACAGAGAGGAAAAAAAAGAGAGAAAAAUGUGGUCAGAUCCGCACCACAUGAGAGAGACAGAACCAGUGAUCUUUGUGUGUGUGUGUGUGUGUGUGUGUUUUCAAGCUGCUCAAAUGGCCUGCAACUGGUUAAAUGAAACUCAAAUGUUGUUAACAGUCAUAAAAGGAACAUUUAAAAUGUUAAAUAGAUGAUUCAUACUUGUCUGUGUUUUACAUAUGAAGAGGCAUAUCCUGCCAUCAAUGAUUUAAACCUUGUCAGUCAUGUGCGCUACAGUUUUUUGCACUUCUGUUCUGCUUAUAACUGUAAAUCUGAUUUUCAUGAGUGGAUUUGAACCUUGAAUAAAGUGUUUUGGAAGGCUCUC